UGUAGGAAGGCCCUCUUAGUCAUGCUAGGACACUUUGUGUAGUGGAAGCUAGGGGUCAGGAGGACUUAUGAGAGAGGGGGGUGAGUCGUUAUCCAUCUUUGGAGGCCGGGCCUCACAGGUUAGACAAGAGGGGAUCUCCAGCUAAUCUGAUCAGGCCCGUUCGAUAAGUCAGUCCUCUCUUCCGUUUUAUUUUUUUUUAUUCUUUUCUUUAUUCUGCUGCGUGCCAUUCUCUUAGUUCAAAUGAAUUGCCGCUUCGGCUAGGAGUUCUACCUUCUACUCUUGUGAUUUACUGUUUGUUUCUUUUAUCUGAACUAUCUAUGUCUGACAUUGAGCCGCGUGCACAGAAAGCGGAAAGAGAGAGAAGGGAGAGAGAAGGUGUUCUUUUUGAGAGUGUGAGGAAGGGUAAGAGGAGUGUUCGUCCAAAAGUGAGCAAAGUGCUGACCCCUCUUGAGAGAUCUACUGACAACCUAUCCUUCGGCAUGGCAGACAUCACGUCCGAGCAAUGGAAGGCCAUGCUGGAUGCAGCGACCGAUAAUGAGAGGCCUUUCUUUCAUAAACUUUAUCAGGACGCUGUACACAGAGAAAGGGAGGCAGAGGCAGCAGCCAGAGCCACAAACAUUGCCGAACAGGUGGCCCUCCUUGUGGUUCCAGAAUCGAAUGAUGACCGGUUCCGAGAGAAGAUAGCUGCUGCCAUAGCACCCUUGGUUCAACUGCGGACCUUGGAAGACCUUGAGUCCCGUGUGACAGCCCUGGAGCAGUGGAACCAAGAGCUGCAGCCUGAGAUAGUCAGCCUCAAACAGUCCCAACUGUCUGCCCCCCGUCCUCCUAACCCUCGACCUGCUGCAGUCCCAGUCUCUCACCCUAACACAGACCUCAUGACAAGAGUGAGUGGAACUGUGACAAGCGCAGGAACCGGUGCGAGCUCCUCAAGCGGCAGCGCCGACAGUUCUGCACUGGUCAUAGUCCCAAAUGCAGGAACAUCAGCCCAAAAUGCCACAGUUCUUAUCGGCGUACAGUACAACGGUCCCAUAGUGGACAAGCGGGUGGCCGCUCUGCCGUCCAAAUACGACGGGAAAGGGGAUAUCACCUCUUGGAUUAGCUCCAUGCGCUCAUACUUCGAGGUACUGCGAACACCGCAGGAAGACCGAAGCAUGAUCAUGGGCACUAAUAUUGAGCCCGUCGUACGGAGUUUCAURGAACYCCAAGCUGUYACARCAGGUUAUGAGAGGAUUGACCUGACCGAGUGGUUGAAAGUGACUCCUGUACGUACUCUUGAGGACCUCCUCAUCACGCAGUAUCAAGAUAAGCACGCUGCGCUCAAGGCAAGACUGAAGCUUGAGGCCCUCAAGGGCCAAACGUGGAGGACUUCGAUGCAGGCUUUGGAGCAGUACUUGACUGGUCUGUUCACCAAUCCAAACCUGGGAUUGACUGACGUGUCUUGCAUGGAUGUAGUCAUGGGAGUGGCCCCUAAAGAAUACGUCUCCCAGCUAGGACUCAAAGACCAUACCACUUGGCGAGAGCUACUGACCAAUCUAGUCAACCUAGAAGCCAAGAAACUCGCCAGGCGUGUAAAGGCACCUGCUGCAGGUAGAACCUCGCAACGCAAGCGGUACGGAAGCAGCAACCAACUUGCCAUGCAUGAACAUCGAGGGGUUGAGGAUCAGUCCUAUGCGGAUGAUCUGUCUCUGGAUGACGAUCUAGAGCCAGACUCCGACGUGGGCUGUUCUACAUCAACCCUUGAGUCUGACGUGAACACUGAGGAAAAAUGUAAUGCUUUUAAAAAGACUGCUUCAAACAAGGGGCCUAACCGUAGUUCGGGUAAGGGAACUAUAGCACAGCUCCCCAAGAAUGCAAAGAUCCCUGAGAAACCGGAGGAUGUUUCUACCAAGCCUUGGGAAGCCCUCCGCAUCAAUCAAAAGGAAUGGGAAAGAAGAUCCAAACUGCGCGUGUGCUUGCAUUGUCAAAAGCCUGAGCAUGCUGUGCAGGAUUGUUAUCGUCUGCAGGGAAACAGGCAAAGGGCGUAGAGGAGUUAUCAACACUCUCUACAACAAGGGAAGCUGAACAGUCAGUUGCAGGUCCCUCCAAGGAGCCUGAAUCUGAUCAACAACUUGCUCUUGAAGCCCGAACUAAUGCUGAAUCCAAAGUUGGUGCAGUCCAAGUACUUCACACUGAGCCUUAGGAAGAGACUAAGGAAGUGGACUUCCACUCUCACCUGGAACAUUGGCUGCAACUCAAGCAGCAACGCCGUGUUCAAGGGAGUGUGGAGGUGACCUUCUUUAAGUUACUCAUUAACCGCCAAUACAUCCGUGUGCUGAUUGAUAGUGGUUCAACGACUAACUUUUUUUCUCCUAACGGGAUUCGUAAGGCGGGCCUGGAAAUGAAGCAAGUGGAAUUGC